UCCCCACACUUCCACAGGACUUUUCCGAAUAAACAGAGGCAAUUUCGAGUCGAUUCUCUAGAGAAACGGUUCGCGUGCUACUCGAUCUCCGGAGUUCGAUGAAAAGUUCUACAAAAGUUGCAUGAUCUGGAAAAUAAAUAGCCAACUAUUCAUCUCCGGAAUUUCGAAUAAACAAAACGCACCGCCGCCAAGAGAUAUUAUUUGUGCCCUAGUUGAGUUUUGACUUUUGUUUCUUUGGCUUUCCCACGAAUCGGUGUCGAAAGUGAAGGAAUUUCUGUGUCACUUCUACUAAAAUAGCAUACCAAAGAUGUCAGAGCCCGCAGCCCAACAACAGCAGCCGCAGAACGGCAAGGAGCGCUCCAAGUCCACGGAGGAAAAGGAAGUCCCACGCGAACCGGCGCUGGUCCUCAAAGACAUUGACAUAAAGACUGAACUAGAGAGCCUGGUGAAACUGCUGGACGGCAAGAUCUACAAGGAGGAGGAGGUGGCCAUGGAGGAGCUGCAUCAGUAUUUGAUCGAGGACGACGGCUCCUGGGCGCUGGGCGACAACUUCCUGGUCUUCGUCCAGCGGGUUCUGCGUGACAAUCAGGCCUUCUCCCCGGACACACGGAUACACCUGAUCCGCACCCUGGCCUAUGCGGCGCUCAAGGACGACGUGAUCAUUAUUCUGCACCAGGAUCGCAGGGAUCACACACUGAUGAACUACGCCCAGGACAUUGACAAGCAGACGCCCGAGGAGCAACAGGCCUGGGCCAUGUUUAUGUGCAACCUAUUCGAGAACCUGGGGCCCUCCGAAUGGCUGCUGUACAUUUCCGAGUGGGAAUACAAUGGCCAGACCAUCUCCAACAUACGAGUGACCACCAAGGUGGCCGUCCACUGCAUCCUGUCCAACUGCCCGCAGCUGAAAAACAUUGGCAGCAUGAUCCUCUACAACAUCGCUAUCAAGGAAGUCAAGACUGUGGUCUUCGAUGACAUUGCCGUGGAGCUGGCCAUGGCCAUUCUGCAGUUCUUCCAGAGCAGCCCCAACGAGGACCAGAUCUUCCGCACAUUGAAGGCCCUCGCCCGUUUCCUCGAGGUCUCGCAAGACGUGCCGAUGAUCAUUCAAAUGAUUGGACCGCAUCCAAAACAAUUCGCCGGCAAGAGCGAGCGCGUGGAUGAGCUGAUAAAGAUCAUUAGUCGCAAGGUGCCCGCCUAAGGGAGACUGUUUCCAAGAAAAGAAAAACCAUAACCAUAGUUGCCCUUUUUCUAAUAUAUAAUACUCUAGACCCUCACUUUUGUAAAGCAUUUUAGCGACUCAAUAAACAUUUGUACCCCCUAAGAA